GUCAGCUUGAACCAGUUCCAGGUUGCUCGGGCAUGGCGAUGCAGAACUGCAGUCUUUCGCAGUUCCAACGCAUAUUGUGCUGAACCUUUGGUCAUCCCGGUACUCUACGCCUCCGCGAAACGGCCUGCAGCACAUGGAAAGCAAAUAAACAGUCCCAACUGUCGGAAUCUCUCCCUUCCUCUCGCCGUCCUCCACCUCCAUCCCCUCCCUCUUCCGCCGCCCACCAUGGCGUUUCCCUUCCGCGACAUCAACGUCCAAACGGCCUCCGACUCGUAUAUCUUCUCCUCGCCCUCCAGCCCCAAUGCUCCGGUCCUGUCCAUUGACCGCCCCACCGGCGACAUCCGGCUGAGCGAUGCGUCGCUCCUCACGGGGAAGCGCGUGUCGCGCGUGACGAGCAUCGCUGGCAUCCUGGGCAUGAUCCGGUUGCGCCUCGACAAGUAUAUCAUCAUCAUUACCAAGGUCAAGCCCGUCGGCAGGCUACGAGGACACAUGGUCUACAAGGUCGCCGCGACCGAGCUUCUCCCCCUCCGCGAGCGCCAAGUGCAUGACCCCGACGAAGACAACUUCCUGGCGCUGCUGCGCAGCUUCAUCAAGUCGGGUCCCAUGUACUUCUCGUACUCGAUUGACCUCACAAACAGCUUCCAGCGCCAGGCGCAGCAGGAUAACGCCAGCCCGCUCUGGAAGCGCGCCGACGACCGCUUCUUCUGGAACCGCUUCAUCCAGUCCGACUUAAUCGACUUCCGCACCCUCGGCGGCCGCGGUCAGCCACCUCCGCAACCAGGCAUCGACCCAUACAUUCUUCCCGUCAUCUUUGGCAUGCUCGAGAUCCACCCGACGACCUUCAAGGGCACCCCCCUGACCAUAGCGCUCAUCACCCGCCGGUCUCGACACCGCGCCGGCACCCGCUACUUCACGCGCGGCCUGGACGACGAGGGACACGUCGCCAACUACAACGAGACGGAGCAGAUCCUCGUCAUCAACGAUACCGCGGCAGGCCUCGGCGGGUCUGUGGGCAGCGCAGGGCCGGCGUGGCAGCGUAACACGUCCGCCGAGAGCAAGGACAUGCAGAUCCUCUCGUAUGUGCAGACGCGGGGGAGCGUGCCGGCCUACUGGGCCGAGGUCAACACGCUCAAGUACACGCCCAAGCUCCAGAUCCGCGCCGUUGAGGCCGCCUUCCCCGCCGCGAGGGCCCAUUUUGACGAGCAGAUCCGCAUCUACGGCGACAACUACCUCGUCAACCUGGUCAACCAGAAGGGCCGCGAGAUGCGCGUGAAGCAGGCGUACGAGCAAAUCGUCGAGAUGCUCGUCUCCAGCCCCAAGGAGCACACCCAGGCCGACCAGCGCACCGACGAGAAGUUCCACACGAUCGAGACGGGCGGCCCGCAGCGCUCCCACUUCGACCGGCUGCACUACAUCUACUUCGACUUCCACGCCGAGACCAAGGGCCUGCAGAUGCACCGGGCCCAGCUGCUCAUUGACCGCAUGCACGAGGCGCUGCUCGCUCAGCAGUACUUCCGCGCCGCCGACAUGCCCGGCAGCCGCAUCGACGGCCGGCUCGAGGUGCGCAGCCUGCAGACGAGCGUGGUGCGCACCAACUGCAUGGACUGCCUGGACCGCACCAACGUGGUGCAGAGCAUGCUCGCGCGCUGGACGCUCGACCGCAUGCUCAUCGACCUGGGCCUGCUGGCGCGCGGCGCCCGCUUCGCCGACGAGGACCCGGCCUUCGAGCUGCUCUUCCGCAACCUGUGGGCCGACAACGCCGACGUCGUCUCCCGGAGCUACUCCGGCACCGGCGCCAUGAAGACCGACCUCACCCGCCUGGGCCGCCGCACCAAGGCCGGCGCGCUGCAGGACGCCAACGUCGCCGUCACCCGCUACUGCCGCAACAACUUCCUCGACGGGCCGCGCCAGGACGCCUUCGAUCUGUUUCUCGGCGCCUACCAGCCGCCCGCCGGCGGCAUCGGCACCAGCUUCAUCUUUGCCGACCGCCGCCCCGUGUGGAUCCAGAGCGUCCCCUACAUCGCCGCCUUCGGCUUCUUCUUCGUGCUCGUCGCCCUGUACACCCCGCGCCUGCCCGACGCCGCCGUCUGGCCCCUGCGCCUGGUCACCAUCUUCUGGGCCGUCGUCACUGCCUGGUGUCUGCACUUUAUCCUCUCCAACGGGAUGCUCUACGUCAACUGGCCCAAGCUGAACCCCCGCCCCUGGGCGACGGAGGGGUACCACGAGACCAUCAGCCGGGUGCGCAAGGACCGGAUCCUGGGGCCGCUGGUGGCGCGGCACGAGCGCGGCCUCAGCACGGCGCGCUACAUCAACGCCGAGGAGGGCAAGAAGAGGAUCGAGUAGACUUGGCUCGGCUCGGCUCGGCUUAGGUUUCUUCUCUGUCUGUCCUGCGUGCAUUUUCUUUUCUUUCCCAAGCAGUGUGUUUGUUGAAUUUGGGGCUAGUUGUAUGCAUCUUCUGUUCUCAUCGCAUCUUCGCCGUUUAGAGUUUUAUUUUACUGCUAGAGCUAGACGGGUGUCCAGUCUGGGCUGUCUGUUGUAAUAGAGAAUUAGCCGUUGUUUUGGUGGUCCCAGUUGAUUUGAUUGUGCAUCUUCCUGCCUCGAUUCGUGAACACAACAGUUCAAGCAGGCGAAGCCAUGGGGUCGGGGGA